CACACAGGCAAACAUUAACAAGCCGUAAUAAUGAGUCCUAAACAGAUAGGACGGGAUUCCCGGGGGGGGGGGCGGAAGCAGUCUCCUCCUCCGAACAUCACUUCUUCACCCGCGCCAUGUGAAGUAAAGCCGGGAGCUCCUAGGGUUUGCUGAACGAAGGCGAGUGAACUUUGGCCAGGAUGUUCCCGUGAGGAGCCCAUUAGACGCACUGCAGGAUAAAGCGUUCCUCCGCUAUUUGUAACCCAGCAACGGCCUGGAUGAAUGAACAAAACCCCACCGACACCAUCGUUCAUCCAUUCAUUCACCCGUUCGUUCAUCCAACACCACUUCUUCGAAGUACUUUCAUCGUCUCGCCGCCAAAUAAGUAGAAGAAAGCAGCAGCGGUGCCGGAAUGAGGAUGAUGGCGGCGCCACCUCGCAGGGAGACCUAACUCCAGCCGUCUUUUGUUGAUGAUUUGGGCUCUGAUUCACUGACUCAUGCGUGUCUCUGAAUGCGGCGCUGCAGAGACUCCAGUCCAUCCAAGAAGAAGAAUGAGCUCCCUGCGCAGACUGCUCCGAAGGAGACUUCACCCUCUUAAAGUGGCGAUUGUGGCGAUGGUCUUUGUCACGUUCAUGUUCUUCAUGCAAUGGGAAGUGGGGGGCCAAGGUCCGCAGGAGGACCCGUGGCUCAAGGAGAUCAAGCAGAAGCGGGACAGCAUGCUGGGCAUGGUGAUGGGAGCUGUUCAUAACUUCAGGGAAGCCAUGCCAAAGAUGCAGAUUAAAGCUCCUGUCCGUCAGAGGGACAGUGCCGACAACACGUCCUGUUUGCCGGGGUACUACACACCGGCCGAGCUCAAACCGGCCCUGGAGAGGCCGCCGCAGAACCCGCUGGCUCCCGGCGCCGGCGGGAAGGCCUUCAUCACCGACUCUCUGAGCCCCGAGGAGCAGAAGGAGAAGCAGACAGGCCAAGAGAAGCACUGCUUCAACCAGUACGCCAGUGAUCGCAUCUCCUUGAGCCGAGACCUGGGCCCCGACACCAGACCGCCAGAAUGUAUCGAGCAAACCUUCAAGCGCUGCCCCCCCUUGCCAACCACCAGCGUGAUCAUCGUGUUUCACAACGAGGCUUGGAGCACCCUGCUGAGGACGGUGUACAGCGUCCUCCACGCGUCCCCCGCCAUUCUCCUCAAGGAGAUUAUCCUGGUGGACGAUGCCAGCACUGACGAGGUGCUGAAGGACGAGCUGGACGAGUACCUGAAAGCUUUGAGUAUUGUUCGUGUGGUUCGGCAAAAAGAGAGGAAGGGCCUCAUCACGGCUCGGUUGCUGGGCGCCUCCGUGGCCACCGGUGACACGCUCACCUUCCUGGAUGCGCACUGUGAAUGCUUCCAUGGUUGGCUGGAGCCGCUGCUUGCCAGGAUAGCGGAGAACUCCAACGUGGUGGUCAGUCCCGACAUAACCACCAUCGACCUCAACACCUUUGAUUUCAUGAAGCCGUCCCCGUACGGCCAGCACCACAACCGGGGAAACUUUGACUGGAGCCUGACCUUUGGAUGGGAGAGUCUUCCGGAUCAUGAGAAGAGGAAGAGGAGGGAUGCAACCUACCCUAUCAUGACUCCUACGUUUGCUGGCGGCCUCUUCUCCAUCUCCAAGGAAUACUUCUACCACGUUGGAAGCUACGACGAGCAGAUGGAGAUCUGGGGUGGAGAGAAUAUUGAAAUGUCUUUCAGGGUGUGGCAGUGCGGCGGACAGCUGGAGAUCAUCCCGUGCUCCGUUGUCGGCCAUGUUUUCCGCACCAAGAGCCCCCACACCUUCCCCAAGGGCACUCAGGUGAUCGCCCGCAACCAGGUCCGACUGGCGGAGGUGUGGAUGGACGAGUACAAGGAGAUCUUCUACCGGCGUAAUCAGCAGGCGGGACAGAUGGCCAAAGAGAGAACCUUUGGAGACAUCUCCAGACGUGUGGACCUGCGUGAGCGGCUGCAGUGCAAGAGCUUCUCCUGGUAUUUGAAGAACGUCUACCCGGAGAUCUUCAUGGCCGACCUCAACCCUGUCCGCUUUGGCGCGGUGAAAAACGUGGGCAAGGACUGGUGUUUGGAUGCAGGAGAGAACAACGAGGGCGGCAAAGGCGUGAUCAUGUACCCGUGUCACGGACUGGGGGGGAACCAGUAUUUUGAGUUGUCCACGCACCACGAGCUGCGACACAACAUCCAGAAGGAGCUGUGCCUGCAGGGGGGGGCCGAGGGGGCCGUCAGGCUGGAGUUGUGCCAGUACAAGGGCGGGAACACCUUUGCGGGACCCGAGCAGAAAUGGGAGCUGAAGGACAACAAGCUCCUCCUCCUGCCCACACGGAGCAUGUGUCUCAGCGCCCGCCCCGAGCAUCCCGCCCUGGCGCCCUGCGACCCCACCGACAGCUUCCAGCUCUGGUUCUUCAUCUGAGUCACAGCAGCACCAGAUGGACUUUUAACUUAUUUUACAUAAGAAGCGAUCAACUAGGAACAUGAUUCGUGUUUGACAAAAGUAUUGGGACAGUUGGGCCAUUCCAGAACAGCUGGCUGUGUCCCAAGACUUUUGUCCAUGUAGUGCAGUAUUAAGCAUGGAAAGAAAUUCACUUUUUUUUUUUUUUUUUAUACACCCAAUUUGUGCGCCAAAGAGAGUGAAAGUGAAAAUCUGAAACACAACUAUGAGAUUUGUCCUUCAAAUUUCUGUUUUUAUGACAAUAGAUUCUUCCACUGC